AUGGAUACCCUUGAUCUGACCAGCUGGAAUAUGGAACCUGACAUUCGCAGGAUGGUCGAAGUGCUGGUCAUUGUCAUCAGUUCAUCUUAUGGUGAUGCGGAUAUCGAUUUGUGGCCUCUGCAGAUCUAUGAUCAAGACGAAGUCAAGAUAGAUAUAUCGGGCAAUACCAGUCCACACGCCCAGUUACCGACUCUGAGCGUCGAAGAGCACACAUUGAAAGCAACGGCAGACCACUAG